AUGGCGUCUUCGGCCAUCGGGCAGCGCCCCUAUCCGCUCCUCUUGGAUCCCGAACCUCCGCGCUAUCUGCAAAGCCUGAGUGGCUCCGAACCGCCGCCCUCGGGCCGGUCCUCGCGCCGCUGUGGCUCCGCGCCCCUCUCCACUGCCCCCCGGACGCAAGAGGGGCGCAGCGGCCGCCGGGCUACUCUGGGGGGCUCAGAGCCCCCACCCCGGGCCUCUCGACCCGCUCGCCCUCUCCGGCCAGGUCUGCAGCAGAGGCUGCGGCGGCGGCCUGGAGCUCCCCGGCCCCGCGACGUGCGGAGCAUCUUCGAACAACCGCAGGAUCCUCGCGUCCCGGCGGAGCGAGGCGAGGGCCACUGUUUCGCGGAAUCGGCGCUGCGGGGAGGCCAUGGCUGGUGUGACCUGUGCGGACGCGAGGUGCUGCGGCAGGCGCUACGUUGCGCUAACUGUCAGUACACUUGCCACCCGGAAUGCCGCAGCCUGAUCCAGCUGGAUUGCAGUUGGCAGCACAGCCCACCAGGAGAUAGACCCUCUCCGGAGAGCACCCUCGCCCAGGUAGGCAACACAAAUGUGUGCAAAGCUCCAGCAGCAGCUGAGCCCCGGCACCCGCCCACACUGCAGGAGAUUAAGCAGAAGAUUGACAGCUACAACACGCGGGAGAAGAACUGCCUGGGCAUGAAACUGAGCGAAGAUGGCACCUACACGGGCUUCAUCAAGGUGCACCUGAAGCUCCGGCGGCCGGUGACAGUGCCCGCGGGGAUUCGGCCGCAGUCCAUCUACGAUGCCAUCAAGGAGGUGAACCUGGCUGCCACCACGGACAAGCGGACGUCUUUCUACCUCCCGCUCGAUGCCAUCAAGCAGCUGCACAUCAGCAGCACCACCACAGUCAGUGAGGUCAUCCAGGGGCUGCUCAAGAAGUUCAUGGUCGUGGACAACCCCCAGAAGUUUGCCCUGUUUAAGCGGAUCCACAAGGAUGGACAAGUGCUGUUGCAGAAACUGUCCAUCGCUGACUGCCCCCUCCACCUGCGCCUGCUUGCUGGGCCUGACACUGACGUCCUCAGCUUCGUGCUUAAGGAGAAUGAAACUGGAGAAGUGGAGUGGGAUGCCUUCUCGAUCCCUGAGCUCCAGAACUUCCUCACGAUCCUGGAAAAGGAGGAGCAGGACAAAAUCCAGCAGGUGCACAAGAAGUAUGACAAGUUUAGGCAGCAGCUGGAGGAGGCCUUAAGGAAAUCCCAGGGCAAACCUGGGUAACCGGUCCCACAGCCUCAUCUGCCCGUGCUCUCAGAUUUAUUUUUAUUAUUAAUUAUUAUUUUGCAAUGGACACUGGUUCUCAGGAUGCCUCUGGCGAACACAUGCGUGCCUGGCCAGCAGUGGCAGAUGUGGCAGGAGGUCUCUCCCAUGGAAGAAUGUCUACAUGGGGAUAAACCCCUGCCCGUGGUCCCCACAGGCUCUGCCAGGGGUCACCUCUGUGAAACCAACAAUGCCAUCCUCUCCCAACCUGCAAGUCGUCCACAAGCCUAAUUGUUGCCUCUCUCGUCAUCAAACCAGAACCUGGCACCAGAACCAGCCGGCAAAGGAAAGGAAAGGAAAAGCUGUUCUUUUUUCUCUCUCUCUGGUUUUGAUUCUUCAGCUGCCCUACAUCUCAUCCACAGCACCUUUAUUUAUGAGGCAGACAAAGCAUGUGCCUUGGCACCUUGCAUUAAGCACCCCAGAAAGGAAGAGCAUGCCCCAGCCUGCCCACCCAAGGGAAGGUCUGCAAGGUCCCACGCCCUGGUACCAGGGAGAGCUGGGAGCACCAAAACUGAUGGGCUCAGAGAUUUCCAAAGAUGUGGCAGCCUGCCCUGGCCCCAUGGGACCUCAAUGCUCAAGAAACUGUGCGCGUGGGAGCCCAAAGGCAUGCAUCUGUGAGUGUGUGGCCAUCACAUCUCUGUCCAAGCUUGUUUUCUGGUUAUCAGUUCGAACACUGCCAGAGCUGCUUUAUGCUCCCAUCCAGGAGAAACCAGCGAUCAACUACGGUCUCCUCCAUGGCAGGGAAGUCAGGCUGCAAGAGGAAGACUAGGAGUUGCAGGGGACUAUGGGCAAGCUGUCUUCUGCCUUCCCCAGCUAACAGAAGGCCCGGGCUGUCUCGGUUACCCCCAGGGCCUCCAGCACUGCCUCUCUCCUUCCUUGGAACUCUGGGAUCUGCAGGUGCCAGGCAGAUCUGCAGCUGACAUCAGAGGGAGUUGUGCAGCCGGGAUGACAUGCAGUCGCCCAAGCUGCGUCACGUGGGCUGGCUUCCAGUACUGUGCUCUGUGAGCCUGCAGGCCCGGUCUCCCCACCGACCUCAGUGCCUUUCUGUUUUCAGAGACAGCAGAAGGGGCGCUUGCUUCAAGACCCACUGCUGGCGUGCUCACUAGGACGGGCAGGUCCCUCACUGCCUUCCCAUCUAGGUUCCUGAGCUGUCACUCCCAAGAAGCACUGCCAUCAGAUGAAUGACAAGAGAGGACUGGAGUCCUGGCUCUGUGCAUCGCUUCUGGCUCCGUGGGUUGGUUCAGUCCAUCCCAGCCAGUAGCCCACACUGCAGAUGCUCUGGUGUGGAGGAAGGAGGACUUGCAUUUUGAGAACAAGGUGGGUUUUUCCAGUCUGGCCUCUGAGGCCAUUUCUUUGCUGUGUCCUCUGCUUCCCCAGUCCCUGAGCCCCCUGCUGAGCCCAUGCCCCGACACCAAGAGGAAUGCUGACUCAUCAUUGCCCACUCUGAGGUCUUCAGAGCUGGCAGCCCUGCAGAAGUUUGUAAACCACGAGACCUCAGCGACCUUCCCUCCCCUGCUCAGGCCUUAUUGCCCCUUCGUCUCAGAACUCCCUCGCUUCUACCAUCUUCAAAGAGGAGAUAGGAAAGAGAGCCCCCUCCCCUUAUCCUGCACGUCCGAAGGUUCCUAGACGGCAUGCCCCUGCUGCAACCGCUGUAAAUGCUGCUGAGAUACCCCCUCCACGGGGGUGGCUAUUUUAUUUUUGAGAAGGAAAAAAAAAAGGUCAUGUACAUAUAUACAUAAAGGCAUAUAACUAUAUAUAAAGAAAUAAAGAUAUCUAUGAUGUAAGAAAAUGUUGGGGAAGUGUGAAGUUCCCUCUGAAGUCCAGUUAGCCCCAGGCCCGUGCCGAGGUCGAGCCGAGGUCGAGCCAACCCCUCCCAGAGCAGCCGGCUCCAGCUGCUGUAGUGCCUUCUCCGUUGCGUUGCUCCGUGUGUGUUUGUUUUCAGGAUAUUUUCUUUUCCAAUGUCUUUCUUAUAUGGGUUUAAAAAAAAAAAAAAGGUAAUAAAAGCUUGUUGCGAAAAUGA